UUAUAAUUAUGACAUGUGCUGUGCGACGCUUAGUAGGAAAUGUCUUUGACUAUAUAAGCCGUGUGGCGCGCCUCGCGUAAACGUUUUUACCGCUGCCUUUUCGCUGUCAAGCAAACCACAGGCGAGGCGUGGCAUGGCCCGGCCAGGGCAGGGCAGAGGUGGGCGAACGCGCGCGAGGGCGAAACAGAAACAACAGCAAGAAAAAAAAAAAAAAACCAACGGAAAUAUAUGGCACAACGUGAACACUCCUUAAUUAAUUUCCAUGCGAAUGCGGCCAGGACAAGCUGGAGCCAUACGCUGUCGCUGCAAAAGGCGCCGCAGGAUGUGUCAGUCAGGGGCUGGGCCUGGACUGGGUCUGUGCCCGUGCCCAUGCCCGUGCCCGCCUGAUCCUGAUUCAGGUUGUUCUAUGCAAAGUUGGAGUUCGCGCUGUGUUUUGCCAGUCGCGCAGCAGCAGCGUUUGCAGAAGGCAGCAGUUGGCAGCCGUUUUGGCCAGAAGCUGUGCAUAAACAAACACACAAUUGGAUAAGCGAUGGGCAACAAAAUUGUGACAUUCACCGAACAGCAAUUGGAUGACUAUCAGGAUUGCACGUUUUUCACACGCAAGGAGAUUCUGCGCGUGCAUAAACGCUUUCGUGAGCUGCGUCCGGAUUUGGUGCCACGCCAAAUGACCGAGGGUCAGGCCUCAAGUGUCAAGGUUCCACGCGAAUGCAUUGAGAAGAUGCCCGAGUUGCGUGAGAAUCCCUUUCGGCGACGUAUCUGCGAGGCAUUCUCACGCGAUGGCCUGGGUAAUUUAUCCUUUGAGGACUUCUUGGAUGCUUUAUCCGUGUUUAGCGAGCAGGCGCCCAGAGAUAUUAAAGUUUUCUACGCAUUCAAAAUUUAUGAUUUCGAUCAAGACGGCUUCAUUGGGCACGCCGACCUGAUGUCCUGCCUGACAACAAUGACCAAAAACGAGCUAAGUCCGGAGGAGCAUCAACAGAUUGCCGACAAGGUAAUCGAGGAAGCGGACGUCGAUGGCGAUGGGAAGCUAUCCAUAUUGGAGUUCGAGCAUGUCAUACUGCGCGCCCCCGACUUUCUCUCCACGUUCCACAUCCGAAUAUAA